AUGUCUGACGCACCCCAGAAGGCGCAUCGCGCCAAAACCGCGGGAGCAAAGGCAAACAAGCACAAGAAGAAUGCCGAAAAGAACAACCCCAAGGCUUUUGGUUUCCUUUCAGGACGCAAGGCGGAGAAGGCGGCUCGCCGUAACUUGGACAGGGACCAGACCAGACUUCAUGUGCCUCUUGUCGACCGCACACCCAUGGAGGCCCCUCCUGUCGUUGUUGCUGUUGUCGGACCACCCGGGACUGGAAAGACAACGUUGAUCAAGUCUCUCGUCAAACGAUUCACAAAGCACUCGCUCUCAGAGCUCAAGGGACCUAUCACCGUUAUUAGUGGCAAGAAGCGCCGCCUCACUUUCAUCGAAUGCAACAACGACCUCAACAGCAUGAUCGACGUCGCCAAGGUCGCCGAUUUGAUCCUCCUCAUGAUCGACGCUUCCUUCGGUCUCGAGAUGGAGACGUUCGAGUUCCUCAACAUUCUGCAGACACACGGAUUCCCCAAGAUCAUGGGAGUCUUGACACAUUUGGACCGGUUCAAGAACAACAAGACGCUCAAGACUACCAAGAAGAAGCUGAAGCACCGUUUCUGGACCGAGAUUUACCAGGGCGCCAAACUGUUCUACCUCUCUGGAGUCAUCAAUGGCCGCUAUCCCAAUCAGGAGAUCAUGAACCUUUCUCGCUUCAUUUCCGUCAUGAAGUUCCGACCUCUUAUCUGGAGAAAUACUCACCCCUACAUGAUCGCCGAUCGUGUCGAAGACUUGACCGACCCCGAAUUGGUGCGCCAGAACCCAACCUGCGACCGUACUGUCACCCUCUACGGAUAUCUUCGCGGAACCAACAUGAAGUCCGGUAUGAGAGUUCAUAUUCCCGGUGUGGGUGACCAUUACAUGGACGAUGUCAGCAUCUUGCCCGACCCCUGCCCAUUGCCCGACAAAGUCAGGAAGCGUUUGGAUGAAAAGCAAAAGCUGAUUUACGCACCCAUGUCCGACGUCGGAGGUAUCAUGUACGACAAGGAUGCCGUCUACAUUAACGUGCCAGGAUCCUUCACCAAGAAGAGCCAGAUCAUCAAGGGAGGUCUCAAGGGUGCCGACGGUGGAUCGGGUGACGAGGAAGCAGAGGAGGAGGACGAGGAGGAGAGCGAAGAGGAAGAUUACGAGAAGGGUCAGGGCGAGAGGAUGGUCAUGAACCUACAGGACGCUCCCGACACCUUGGCCAGCCAGCUCGAGGACAGUGAGCUCCGUAUCUUUGCUGACUCUACUCCUAUGCGCGCCGGUGACGUUGAGGAGGACGAGGAGGAUGAGGAGGACGAGGAUAUGGAGGACGAUAGCGAAGAAGAGUCUUCUGGCAAGAAAGGUCCUCGCGAGCGAAAGGAGAUGGACGGCAACGGACGCAUUCGCCGUCGCGCAAUUUUCGGAGAUGAGGAUGACGAUGUCGAGAUGGAGAGCGGCGAUGAAGAUGACGAGGAUGAGGAUGAGGAUGAAGAAGAUGAGGAGGAGGAGGAGGAUGAGGAGGAAGAUGAUUUGGGAUACGGAUCAGCUCACUCCCGCAGGAAAUACAAGUCCAAAUACGAGGCCAAGCAUAAGGCAGGAAAGAACGACGAUUCCGAGUCUGGCGAGGAGGAGGUUGCUUUCGCCGAGUCUGACAGUGAUCUUGGCGGCGAUGACGAUGAGGAGGAUGAGGACGAGAGCGCUCUUCGCUGGAAGAACAACCUGAUGUCCAAGGCCGAAUCCGUUUUUCACUCCAAGCGCCGACCCAACUUGAUGCGUCUGAUUUAUGGCGACCGCAAGUACACUCCUGAGCAGAUUGCCCAGGGUGAUAUUGAGGAGGGACCCUUGAAGCUUUCGGGCGACAAGGACUCUGACUCGGAUGAGGGCUUUGGCACAGGACCUGGCACCGGUGCCGAGGACGACAGCGAGGACGAUGGUGACUUUUUGACCUUGAAGAAGGAGGAUUCGGACGCCACCAUUGCACAGACGAUUGACUCGUGCAAGUCUACUCUGGAGUUUACGGAUCUGGAGGAGUGGGAUGCGACCGAGGCCAAGGACUCGAUUCGUGACCGUUUCAUCACUGGAUCAUUGGAUGUUCCUGGAGCUGCCGGUGGCGGCGACGAGGAUGAGGCAUUCGGUGACUUUGAGGAUCUGGAGACUGGCGAGAAGGUCGAAGGAGCCGACAGCCAGGAUGAGGACGACGAUGAGGAUGAUGAGGACGACGAGGGAUCUAGCCGGAAGAAACCUACUGGUGAGAAGUCGUACGACAACAUGUCCCGCGACGAGAUUGCGGCUAAGAAGGAGCAGCUGAAGAAGAAGUUCGAGGCCGAGUACGGUGACGAUGACGAGGAGAAGAAGGACUUUUACGACGAGAUCAAGGGCGACAUGGCCAAGCAGCAGCAGAUCAACCAGGCCGAGUUCGAGGACGAUGACCCCACGACCCGCGCCAUGGUCGAGGGUUUCCGACCCGGUACUUAUGUCCGUAUCCUUCUCAAGGACAUGCCCUGCGAGUUUAUCCAAUACUUCCAACCCGAAUACCCCAUCAUCAUGGGAGGCUUGCUCCCUGCGGAAGAGAACUUUGGAUUCAUUCAGGUUCGUGUCAAGAAGCAUCGUUGGCACAAGAAGAUCCUCAAGACCAACGACCCCUUGAUCUUCUCGCUAGGCUGGCGUCGUAUCCAGACCAUGCCGAUCUACUCGCUCAACGACGGAACGCGCAACCGGAUGCUCAAGUACACACCGGAGCACAUGCAUUGUCUGGCCACCAUCUAUGGACCCAUUCACCCUCCCAACACUGGAUUCUGUUGUGUCCAGAGCGUAUCGGACGGCACGUCUGCCUUCCGUAUCUCUGCCACGGGAGUCGUCCUGGAUAUUGACCACACGGUCGAGAUUGUCAAGAAGCUCAAGUUGACGGGACACCCUUACAAGAUCCACAAGAACACUGCCUUUAUCAAGGACAUGUUUACCUCUUCACUCGAGGUGGCCAAGUUCGAGGGCGCCAACAUCCGUACCGUCUCUGGUAUCCGUGGUCAGGUCAAGAAGGCGGUGCAGAAGCCCGAGGGACACUACCGUGCGACGUUCGAGGACAAGGUGUUGAUGUCUGAUAUUGUCUUUUUGCGAGCAUGGUACCCUAUCAAGCCCAAGAAGUACUGUAACCCCGUUACGUCGUUGUUGUUGGCCAAGAAGAAGGAGUGGCAAGGAAUGCGUCUGACGGGUCAGGUCCGCCAUGCGCUCUCGUUGCAGACCCCCCAGAACGGCGAUUCGACCUACAAACCUGUGGAGAGGAUGACGAGGCGGUUCAACACCUUGAAGGUGCCCAAGGCCAUCCGGGCAUCGCUCCCCUUCGCAUCCAAGCCCAAGCUUUUGGCGGCCCAGAAGAAGCCCGGUCUGUUGCAGCGCCGUGCGGUGAUGUUGGAGCCUGAGGAGAAGAAGAUCUAUACGCUGAUGCAGCAGAUCAACACGCUCAAGCGAGACAAGGACACCAAGCGUGCUGAGAAGGCCAAGGAAAAGAAGGCUGUGUACGACAAGAAGAAAGCCAAGGAGACAGCCAACUACGACAACCGUGUCAAGCGCGAGCGCAAGGAGGUCUUCCGUACCCAGGGCAAGGAGCAGAAGCGUGCUGCACUCAAGGAGGCUGGUGGACGGAGGAAGAAACGCAAGGGCGGCGACGAGUAA